AUGGCCCAACAAGCAACCAAGACCAUUGGCGGAGCCAGCCGGACCUCCAGUGGCCGCUCGGCCGUUGUCACCACCUCCACCCGGACGACCAGUGCCCGCUCAUCGUCUGCCACCCGCUCCAGCGGGAGCAGCAUCAGCAGCGGGAUGUCGGCCUGCGCUGCCUACGGUGGCAUGGGAGGGGGCUUCGGCAGCCGGAGCCUCUACAGUCUGGGGGGCAACAAGAAGAUCUCCAUCAGUGUGGCCGGGGGCAGCAUGUCCGGGGGUGGUUUCCGGGCUGGUGGCUGUGGGGGUGGCCGUGGUGGUGGCCGGGGCCUGGGCGGAGGCUUCGGCAGUGGAUUCGGUGGUGGGGCCGGCGGAUUUGGCGGGGGAGCUGGUGGAUUCGGUGGUGGGGCCGGCGGAUUUGGCGGGGGAGCUGGUGGAUUCGGUGGCGGUGCUGGGGGCUUCGGUGGACCCGGAGGUUUUGGGGGCUACCCCGCCGGCAUCCAGGAGGUGACUGUCAACCAGAGCCUUCUACAGCCACUCAAAGUGGAGAUCGACCCGCAGUUCAGCACGGUGAAGAAUCAGGAGAAGGAGCAGAUCAAGACACUGAACAACAAGUUCGCCACCUUCAUCGACAAGGUGCGGUUCCUGGAGCAGCAGAACAAGGUGCUGGAGACCAAAUGGGAGCUCCUGCAGCAGCAGGGAGACCAUUCCAAGACGAGCACCACCAGCCUGGAUCCGCUCUUCCAGGCCUAUAUCAGCAGCCUGCAGUCCCACUACAAUGGGCUGCUCAGUGACAAGGACCGACUAAACAGUGAGCUGAAGAACAUGCAGGACAUGGUAGAGGACUUCAAGAAGAAGUAUGAAGACGAGGUGAACAAGCGUACCACCGCUGAGAAUGACUUUGUGGUCCUCAAGAAGGAUGUGGACACCGCCUACAUGACCAAAGUGGAGCUUGAGGCCAAGGUGGAGAGCCUGACGGAUGAGAUCAAGUUCAUCAAAGCUCUCUACGAUGCUGAGAUGUCCAACACCCAGCAGAGUGUCAGCGACACAUCAGUGGUCCUGUCCAUGGACAACAACCGCUGCUUGGACCUGGACAGCAUCAUCGCCGAGGUGAAGGCCCAGUAUGAGGAGAUCGCCCAGCGCAGCAAGGCCGAAGCCGAGGCCCUGUACCAGCACAAGCUUGGGGAGCUGGAGAGCACAGCUGGUCGCCAUGGAGACGACCUAAAGAACACCAAGAGCGAAAUCUCCGAGCUGAACCGCAUGAUCCAGCGGCUGCGGGCUGAGAUCGAGAACGUCAAGAAGCAGAACACCAACUUGCAGACGGCCAUCGCCGACGCCGAGCAGCGCGGCGAGCUGGCACUCAAGGAUGCCAAUGCCAAGCUGGUGGAACUCAAGGCCGCCCUGCAGAAGGCUAAGGAUGACCUGGCCCGGCUGCUGAAGGAUUACCAGGAGCUGAUGAGCGUCAAACUGGCCCUGGACGUGGAGAUCGCCACCUACAAAAAGCUGCUGGAAGGAGAAGAGUGCAGGAUGUCUGGAGAAUGCCAGAGCACGUGCAGUAUUGCGAUGGUCAGCAGUUCCUCUAGCAGCAGCAGCGCUUCGGCCGGUGUCCGUGGAGGUAGCAGCCUGGUCUCCGGGGGUCGCGUGGGCGGCGGCAGCAGAAUCGGGGUUAGCACCGGGGUCAGCUCCGGCAUCAGCACCGGGGUCAGCUCCGGCUCUCGGGUGGGCCAGAGCGUGGUGGUCGGCAGAGGCGCCUCCGUGGGCCCCGUGAGGGUCCCCGCGGUCGGCGUAGCCCCCGUCGCCAGCCGGGUCCCCGGGGUGCCCUCUGUGCCCGCCGCUCGGAUCGUCCAGACCACCACCACCAGCCAGAGAUCCACCACCCAAUUUUAAUCCCAAACCGCUGACGGUUAGCCUCCGGCCUCCGACCCUCGCCCCAACCAUCCCGCUCAGCAGCAUCUCUGACCCCCUAGACCUUGCCCUCGACGCCUCGCAGCUCCAGGCUAACAGCUCCGCGAUCUUCCCCUUCUCUCCGCUCUGCCCCCUAGAAGAGCCUCCGGGAAUUAGUAGUGUGCACUAAUUAAUUCACUAAUUAGACGUCACCGGGGGAAGGGAUUCAUCUCUACAGCUGGGAAAUUCCCCCUGGGGGGUAGCCCCACUCUGCCCUUGACCUAGGGUCUCUGACCCGGCUCAGAGCGGGUGCCGCCCCUCGCCCCAGCGAGAAGACGACAGGACACUUCAGGGUCCGGUCCGUUCCGUUCCGAUGCUGGCUCCCCCAAUGCUCAGCAGAGAGAUGGAGCUCCAGCGAUGUCCACCGGCCCGCCCUGGCAACUAAUGUCUGAUACCAGCAAUUCUGUUCCUUUGUAUAUAACAUGACACGCCGUCGCCUUCCUAGAUCUCUGGGUAUUUCCCUCUAAUAAAA